AUGGAAGAAGAGACAAAUAAAUCGGAGGAUACCUGCCAGAGUGAAGACGAGGAAUUAGAAGACUUAUUAAAGGAGGAGGAAGAAAUUGAAAUGGAAGAAGAAAGCGAACAAGCUGAAGAUGAAGAAAGCGAAGAGGAGGAGGAGGAACAAAGUGAUUACGAAGAGAAUGUACAAACAAGAACAAGAGGUAAAGCCACACCAAAAACCCCGCCAGAGCAGAAACAAUCAAAACAGAUGCAAAACGAAGAACCUCAAGUCGAAAGUGGUUCAAGAAAGAGAACUAGGUUUUUAUUGAUUUUUGUUAUAACGGCGGAAUCAUUAUCUGUUUCGGAGAAUCGUGUGCUCACCAAGCGACAGAGAGCUAAGCUUGACGAUAGUUAUGAGCAAGAUUUGCUUCAACUUCCGAUGGAGCCGAUGAGAAAGAAACAACUGACGGAGGAGGAGAUUCAACUCAAAAAAUCGGAAAUUGCACGUCGUAGGAAACAUCAAAGUAUUCAACGUGCUGAGGAGGAUAAAAUGAACAUUAUAAAUCGUCUCUUAAGGAAGCAAACAUCCAAAAAACGAACAAAGGAUCAAGAUGACAAUGAUAGUGUUCAUAAUGAUAAUGGAUCAGGCUCUAAUACACCAAGUGUCUUUCAUUACGUGACUAACCAAAAAGGCUGUUCGUUGUCAGUGCCCCGUGGUGUUAAGAUACCAAUAGAAUUUUCAAAAGGGCCAACGUACCCACCACCUAUUCCCAUGUGUUCAUUCUCUGGCUGUCAACUGCCAAAAAAGUAUCGUAGUACAAAGACACUCGAAUUUGCGUGUUCCAUGGAGCAUCUCAAGAAGAUUGAUGCUCAAAUAUGA